AUUUAAUGUUAAUGUCCCUUUGAAAAAUGAGGAUCUUUGAGUUCCAAAGACCAGACUUCUAGAAGCCAGGUUGGGCAGUUCUCAUCAACAAGGUCUCCACUCCCUUAAGUCUUGACUCUUGGUGUUGUCCCUUGGAGAAACUGAGGAAGCUGUUUCUGGGGACUUAUCCAUGCCUGGGACCAGCUUCUCCUCCCAAAGUGUUACCAUGACUGCUUGCAAUGUCAGCCAGGGCCACCCUCCUUUCAUCAUUCUCCAAGGCAUUCCUGGGAUGGAAGACAAACAUAAAUGGAUAUCAGUUCCCUUCUCCUCCUUGUACUUCAUCACCAUCCUUGGGAACCGCACUAUCCUCUUCAUCAUCUCCACAGAACGUUCUCUGCACAAGCCCAUGUUCCUGCUUCUCUGCAUGUUGGCCCUCACAGACCUGGGCAUGUCCACAACCACCAUUCCCAAGGUUCUGUCCAUCUUCUGGUUUGGUCAGAGUGAGAUCAGCUAUGAGGGCUGCCUGGUCCAGCUAUUCUUCAUCCAUUCCAUCUCUGCCAUGCAGUCUGUUGUCCGGAUGACCAUGGCCUUUGACCGCUAUGUGGCAAUCUGUGAGCCCCUGCGCUAUGCCACCAUCCUUUCCAAUAGUCGCAUUGGGCUUAUUGGCUUGAUGAGUUUGGUGAGAGCCGUCCUCUUCAUUCUCCCCAUGCCCAUCCUCCUGCAGCAGAUGCCAUUUCAUGCCAAUCAUGUCAUCCCCACCACCUACUGUGAGCACAUGGCUGUGGUGAAGAUGUUUGCAGGAGCAGUUUAUUCUGGAAAAACUGAGGGAACUGGAGAAAAUCAGAGAAAACACAAGAAGGAAAGCCUUUCUGUGUCUGUCUUUUCUUGUUUGGUAGGUCAGGGUCUUAGAAGGGAGAAUCUGAAAUUCUAAAACCUGGGACAGAGACAGUAAGAUCUGGACGGAUGCCCCAGAGAAUGUUGACUUCACAAUACCCUUUGGAGCAUUACUGUUGUGCUACACAAUGCUACAGGAGCUUCUGCCCCAAAAGAAGAUAGGCACCUCUCUCAGGACAUACCCCUUCCUCCUCUCCUGGCUGCUAGGUUAAUAAACCCUGUUGCCAUCGAGCUGAUACUGAGUCAGGCUUGUCUGGAGACACAACUGGGUCCUUUGAUGGUUGGACAAUGGCUUUGAGUCAGUGGUACUCAUUGUUCAUUCAUGCACAGGUUUAUUGCUGGGACCCACCGUCUAUGCAGUUUCUGUGCCCAGUGCAAGAAACUUGAGGAUUCGAGAAGAAAUUAAUCCAGGUAGUAUGACACCGUGUGGGGACUUCUGACAAGAGAAGAGGCCCAGCACUCUUGGCAAGACCAUGGAGACUCCUAAUCACACUGGCCUGGAUCCUUCUGUCUUCUUUCUCCUGGGCAUUCCAGGUCUGGAACAGUUCCAUCUGUGGCUCUCACUCCCUGUAUGUUGCCUGGGCACAGCCACAAUUGUGGGCAACAUAACCAUUCUCGUUGUUGUUGCCACUGAACCAGCCCUGCACAAGCCUGUGUAUCUUUUCCUCUGUAUGCUCUCGACCAUUGACUUGGCUGCUUCCUUCUCCACUGUUCCCAAGCUACUUGCCAUCCUCUGGUGUGGAGCAGGACAUAUCUCUGCCUCCGCCUGCCUGGCACAAAUGUUCUUCAUUCACGCCUUCUGCAUGAUGGAGUCCACUGUGCUGCUGGCCAUGGCCUUUGACCGCUAUGUGGCCAUCUGCCACCCACUUCGCUAUGUCACUAUUCUCACUGACACCAUUAUUGCCCGCAUAGGGGUGGUAGCAAUGGUGCGGGGCUCCCUGCUCAUGCUCCCAUGUCCCUUCCUCAUUGGGCGUUUGAGCUUCUGCCAAAGCCAUGUCAUCCCACACACAUACUGUGAGCAUAUGGCUGUGGUGAAACUGGCCUGUGGAGACACCAGACCUAACGGAGUGUAUGGGCUGACCGCAGCACUGUUGGUCAUUGGGGUUGACUUGUUCUGCAUUGGUCUCUCCUAUGCCUUCAUCACACAAGCUGUCUAUCACCUCGCAUCUGCUGAAGCUCGGUCCAAGGCCCUAGGGACCUGUGGCUCCCAUGUAUGUGUCAUCCUCAUCUCUUACACACCAGCCCUCUUCUCCUUUUUUACCCACCGCUUUGGCCAUCAUGUUCCACUUCAUAUUCACAUUCUUUUGGCCAAUGUCUAUCUACUCUUCCCACCAGCCCUUAACCCUGUAGUAUAUGGAGUUAAGACCAAGGAAAUUCGAGAAAGCGUUGUCAGUGUGUUUCAGAGGGGGCAGAGAAAUCUGAAUGAUCCAGAAGUAUAGAAGGAGUUUAGUCCAAAAGAAAAGAAGUUUUUCAAGUUUAGGAAAUUCUCAGUAUUUCAGGCUGGAAAGGGGUUUUAAUGUGGGCAUGAUAUCCUCUACAGAGCUUUCUAGAAUUUCCAAGAAUAAUAAACCACAGAAGAGUUCAGUGAGGUAUAGUAUUCUUCCUUUCCAAUCAAGAAAUGUGAACAUGGGAAGAUUCUUCCAACCUAGAUAGUUCUCAGGCAUUGAAAACAACCAACUAUGCCCCGAGGAGUUUCUGCCCUGCCCCCAGUUUAGAAGAGCCUUUGGGUAGCCACUGUCCUCUGCCAAUACUCCAGGCAUAGAUUUAUAAUCUAACACAGUUGCUAUAGCUGCUGUCUGGCUAUCUGCAAGAAUCAGAAGAUAGCCCCACAAGCACUUCUCGUAUAUCUCCAUUAGAGCUCACUGGUGACCAGGUAUAUUGUCAAUGAGCAGUAAUAUUUUGAAAGGAAUUUUUUUUUCUGAGCAGGUUGUCUCAACAGUGGGCUCAAAAUAUUCAGUUAACCAUGUUGUAAACAGAUGUGCUGUCAUUCAAUUUUGUUGUUCCGUUUAUACAGCACAGGCACAGUAGAUUCAGCAUAAUUCUUAAGGGCCCCAGCAUUUUCAGAAUGGUCAAUGAGUAGUGGCUUCAACUUAAAGUUGCUGCUAACAAGAGAGUCAGCCUGCCCUUUGAAGCUUCGAAGCCAGGCAUUGACUUCUCUCUAGCUAUGAAAAUCCUAGACGGCAUUCUUCCAAUAUAAGACUGUUCAGUCUACACUGAAAAUGUGUUUAGUUUAGUCUCCUUCAUCUCCUUCGUCUAGCCACCUUAGCUAGAUCUUCUGGAUACCUUGCUAUAGCUCCUAACUCAGCACUUGCUGCGACACCUUGCACUUUUAUAGAGACGGCUUCCUUCCUAAAACCUCAUGAACCAACCUCUGCUAGCUUCAAACAUUUCUUCUGCAACUUCCUCACCUCUUUCAGCCUUCGGGAAAUUGAAGAGAGUUAGGACCUUGCUCUGGGUUUGCAUUGGCUGGUUUGUGGCUGGUUUGAUCUUCUGUCUAGACCACUAAAACUUUCUCCAUAUCAGGAAUAAGGCUGUUUUGCUUCUUUAUCAUUUGUAUGGUCACUGGAUUAGCACUUUUAAUUUCCUUCAAGAGCUUUUCCUUUUCAUUCACAACUUGGCUAACUGGUGCAGAAGGCCGAGCUUUUGGCCUACCUUGGCUUUUGGCAUGCUUUGCACAAUAAACUUAAUCAUUUCCAGCUUUUGAUUUAAAGUGAGAGACAUGUGAUUCUUCCUUUCACCUGAACACUUAGAGGCCAUUGUAGCAUUAUGAAUUGGCCUAGCUUCAAUAUCAUCAUGUCUCAGGGAAUAGGGAGGCCCAAGGAGAAGGAGAGAGUGAGGGAACGGUUGGUCAGUGGAACAGUCAGAACACACACAGUUAUGGAUUAAGGUCACUGUCUUAUAAUGGGCGUGGUUCACAGUGUCCCCAAAACAAUUACAAUAGUAAUAUCAAAGAUCACUGGUCACAGGUCACCAUAACAGAUAUAAUAAUACUGAGAAAGUUUAAAAUAUUGCGAGAGUCGCCAACACGAAGUUAGCACAUGCUGUUGGAAAAUGGCUCCAAUAGACUUGCUCUUUGCAGGGUUGCCACAAGCCUUCAAUUUGUAAAAAAAAAAAAAAACUGUAAUAUCUGAGAAGAACAAUAAAGCAAAGCACAAUCAAAUGAGGUGCACUUGUACAUUCAUUUAUUCAUUAAUCCAGUUAUUUAUAAGAAAAAAAUGGCCCAGUUGUUCUUAGUCCCUCAAUUCUAGUUAAUCCCAUGGGGUGGAAAGUCCUUAUUGUAUCUGUGAAACUGAUAAAUUAUGAACAAAUAGUGCUUGCAAAUCUGCAUGAUUGGGUACUUUGCCCAGCAGUGCUCCACACUAUGAGCAUAGGGAAACACAAUGCAGAGUACAGAAUUAUUCCAGAGUUGGGGUUGUAGGGCUUGUGUGCUAGCAAGAGGGUCAAUACGGGGUGUAAAUUCAGUUGAUGAACUGUGGUGUGCAGAAUUGUAUAUAAUUUUAACAAUAUGUUAAAAAUAACCUAAUUUGAGGAUUAACAAGAAUAAUUAAAGUUAAUGCCAGCCCAUGCACUGAAAAUCUUCCUAUAGAACAAUGUUAUGAUUGUCUUUCCUUUGAAGAGACAGUGUUCAGUAUACUUCAUUGAAUUCUAAUUAUCUGUAAACUGGUUAUCCUCAUCUAUGCGAAUUAUCUCAAUCAAAAUAUUUAUAUUCCUGAAAUUGGAAGCUUUAAAAUUUGAACCAUGGUUUACUGGCCUCAGAACUGAUACUCUCCAAGGAUGGGAGGGUAUGUAAAUUUCCAGCAGGGAGUUUUGUAUUCCCUUCACUUAACGGUAGGAAGGAGCAUACUGAGAGGAUGACAAACAGAAAAUCUAUCAUCAAUAAAUUCAAAAUUAAAAGUGCUCAUUCAUGAACAGAAUGUAUUAGAUCAAUUGUCUGAAACUAUUCUUCCUAGAGAACAGAAGACUUAGUAUAUACAAUAAGCAGUUUCCAAUCCCAGUUUCACAGAUACAUUUAAAAACUCUCCACCACGUGGGGCUAACUAGAAUUGAGGGACUAAGAACAACUAGGCCCUCUUUUUCUUAUAAAUAAAUAGGAUUGGAACCUACCUCCUAAAUCUACCUACUUCUUUCAGUCUUCAGUGUCACUGCCCUAAUUUAAAAUAUAGUCUUCCCUCCCUUGAAUUACCACAGUAGUUACCUAUCUGAUUUACUCUGAAUUCCUACCACAUUUAAUCAGGUCUUCACAUGGCUUCUGUGUUAUUUCUCCUUGAAAACUUUCUGUGAACCCUUAUUAUUUUAGCAUAAAUUUGCUUAUAAUUAUCUGACCUUUGUUACUUUGACAGUCUCAUCUUUCAGCAUAAUUACAUUUUCCACCACAUCUUGGGAACAAUGGCCACAGUUUUCCUUUUGUAUGACCUUGAAUAUGCCACAAUUCUUGUCAUUUCAGCAGCUGCAAUUUCCUAGAAUCUUGAACCCCUCCUCAUAUGCCAUAUUUAACUCCUACUCAAACAUCUGAAUUCAGCAUAAACUGAUGUUUCUUUAGGAAAUCCUCCUCUAUCAUAAAGACUAAAUCAAUUUUCCCAAUUUUUUCUUGCUCUCAUAGCUUUACAGCACUUUCCCCAGUCCAUAGGUAUGUGUCUGCUUAAUGAUUUAUUUAGUAUUUCACACACACCACUUCUGCCAGGAGACUACGAUUUGCAUGAGGACAGGGACCAUGACUAUUUUACUUAUCAUUUUAUACCCACAGUUAAGAGCUCAAUACAUAGUUUUAAUGAAUGAAUACUUCUUUAAGAAUAUUUCAAGAACUCUCCUAACCAUAGAAUUUAGAAUCCUUUACAUUUUGUACUAAUGAACAUUUCA